UAUGGUGUGGUGUCUCUUUAAGACACCCAAGUCGAGGGUUAUUGUUGUCAUCAGUAUGGGCCACUGCCCUCUCUCUGUGAUUCUAUGGACAUGUGCUUGCACGCUAGUGCAUGAGGAGAGACCUUUCUUUUGUUUUUCUUUUUGUUUGCAACGUAUGGGUUGUACGAACACUGCGCAUUAUGUUUGUUAAGCUGCAGCCGUUCAACCGGGCUUAUAUGGUUGAAGAAGAGAAUGUGCAUUAAAGGAUACGCUGUGGAAUUCCUAGUACCAGUGUGAUCGUGUAUUCUUCCUACUAUCCUGCUAAGGUUUCUACCGCCUCCUCUCAACCACUAAACACAACCCGACGUUACAAAAUGGCGCCCGAACAUCUUCUCUUGGACCUCAGUAUGCAGUAUCUUCGAGCAGCUGAUGAUUGAUACAUUACAAGGUACAUCGCGGCAAAGUAGAUGUCUGCCAUACUUCGCGGAAACAGACCAGGCUGGCCUCGACGCGGACGUCGGGAAGAUCACCGAUUCACCGGAUCACGGAGGUGUGUUUCCACGGCAACGGGUGAAGCCACCGCAACGCUGUUUUCGGGAUAUAAUAUCGUUAUCUGCUGAACGCCUUUACCGCGACGUUUUUGGAUUAACGUGGAUUCACACUACCUGGACGCGAGACGGAUGCCGCUUCUUCAUAGUUUCUGAAGUGCAUGUAUGCGAGGUGAAGCGCACCGGAUUUUUUUUUUCUCUCCCCUUCACCAGCCGAGCUCACGCUGCAGACUUUGCUUCAUCCGUACGGUCUCUGCAAGUGGGAACUUUUCCACGGGACAAACCUCUAUGCCGUGUCAGGACUGGACAAGUUUGGAGUUGGCUGGAAAAUCACCGAACUGAUGUUGUGAGUGUAUAUAUUUGAAAAAAGAAAAAAAAAACGCUGUCUAUAUUUCAAACUGAUUUACUAUUGAUUCUCCCUGACUUAACUGUUCUUAUUGAGAUGCUGUUUUAUGUGCAUUUGACUUGAAAAGGUGUUACUCAUACACAGUUACUCAUAAGUUUGGAUCACUUUUGCAGCAAAACGCUUUUGAUUCAGGGUGUUUACUUCUUCUGCCUCCACGUUUCAAAGUCAGAUAAUACAUUUGCUGCUUAAAUUAAGAAUUCACAUGGUUUGGAUAUUUUUGUGUGAUCGGAACUGAAGUUGAUUUUGAUAAGUGUGUAUUAUGGCUACUCAUCCUGACUUGACUGACAUGUGUGAUGAUAUAGACUUUAUGUUACACCCCAACCGAGUUCCUGCUAGACAUAGUGCUGCUGACCUUGGGCAUAAAGUGCAAAGUCUACAGGCAGAGGUUGAUAUGCUUCAGCAGUGCCUUCAUGAAUCUUUGGACCUCCAGAGGAAUAUUUUGGAGCAGUGGACUCAACAAAAAAGACCAGUCCCAAAAGUACCAGCUGCCCAGAUUACUCACCCUUUUCCUCAGGCCUCCUCUACUCCAUAUGUGCCAGGCCUGCCAACCAGGGAAACAGGGCAAUCUAUCUCAGCACCUGGCCCCACGCAGCCCGCCAGGGUUCUGUCCCAAUCCCAAUCGGAUUCGCUGGAGCUAAUUAAUACAACCAGAGUCCUUGCUGCAGCAUUGCACCAAGCUAAAUUAGAGCCAGUUGUGUUCGCUAAUGAUGGCAGUCUUCACCCAGAAGAAUGGCUACAGUCUGUUAAGGCUUAUAAAACCUCCUUAGACUUAACAGAUGCCCAAAUCCUCAGAGAGCUACCACACUUCCUAGCUAAGGAGCCAAGAAAGUGGUUUAAUGUGCUCAUUCCUCAUGUAUCUACAUGGGCUAAGUUUUGUGAACUUUUCAGAACUGUCUUCUUGCCUGCUGACAACCAGGAGCAGAUUUUGAGAGGCAUCCUGGACCGUUUCCAGCACCCUGAAGAGCCUCUGCCAACGUUUGUUGCCCAUAUGCUCAGUGAAUUCAGGAGACUGAGGAACCCACCAUCUGAACAGGAGCAAAUUGAGCUAAUCUGUAAACACGCAGUGGAGAAGUACAGAGUAGCACUGUAUGGAACACCUGUAAGGGAGCUCGCCACUCUCCCAGGACAGCUCCGGAGCCUCCUCAAUCGCUGCCUCCUGACCACCAUCCAGUAA